GGUGGAGUGCAAACUCAGGUGUUAUUUUGUUUUUCCCACAGCCCACCUUUUAUCCUACUAAGCAAGCAGAACGCGUCUUCAGGACUUAUAAUUUGUUAAGUCUACCCAGAUGCUUAAAGAAAUCUAGAUAGAAAGAAAAUGGAGAGGGACAAGGAAAUAAUAUCUGAUAUUUAUUGAGGCUUUACUGUGUGCUGGGCACCGGUUUAAGCACAUUGUAUACAUUGUUUAUUUUAAUCUUACACUCCUUUAAGGGUGAUGUUAUGUUUAACCUUAUUUUACAGAUGAGAAAACUGAAGCACAGAGGCAAAAUUAGGAUUUAGAUAAAUAAACAUAGAUGUUCUGCCUUCAGAGCCUGUGUUUUCAACUUCCAUGCUGUCUGAUGAGAGUCCCCUGGCUGAAGGGAUUUGCUCUGCUGCAGAAGAUGUCAACGUUACUUUUGAAGAUCAACAAAAGAUAAACAAAUUUGCACGGAAUACAAGUAGAAUCACAGAGCUGAAGGAAGAAAUAGAAGUAAAAAAGAAACAACUCCAGAAUUUAGAAGAUGCUUGUGAGGAUAUCAUGCUUGCAGACGACGACUGCUUAAUGAUACCUUAUCAGAUUGGUGAUGUUUUCAUUAGCCAUUCUCAAGAAGAAACACAAGAAAUGUUAGAAGAAGCAAAGAAAAAUUUGCAAGAAGAAAUUGAUGCCUUAGAAUCCAGAGUGGAAUCAAUUCAGCGGGUGUUAGCAGAUUUGAAAGUUCAGUUAUAUGCAAAAUUUGGGAGUAACAUAAACCUUGAAGCUGAUGAAAGUUAAACAUUUUAUAAUACUUUUUUUAAUUUGUUUAAUAAACUUGAAUAUUGUUUAAAAUGAUAAUUUCCCUUCUUCAAAUGAUAUGGAAAGCAAAACUUUUUUUAAAAUUUUCAUUUAUUUAAUGGAAACGCCUAUUUUCACAUGUCUUGCUUAUUUAUUUUAUAUUUUUAAAAGAAGACAGUAUUCAUCUAUGUAUUUUGCAUAACAAUUAUAUCAAGUGUAGGGGCUUUAUGUCAUGUUAUUAAAAUCAGUUAAGCAAUC